AUGGAACCGAAUCCUGUAAUUAUUGCUGCUACAGCAAAACAAACAGCAUCGCUUAUAUUUUUACAUGGACUCGGCGAUACGGGCCAUGGCUGGGCAAGCACAAUUGCUGCUAUUAGGGGACCCCAUGUUAAGGUGAUAUGCCCUACAGCGUCAACAAUUCCAGUGACACUUAAUGCUGGAUUUCGGAUGCCUUCUUGGUUUGAUUUAAGAACACUAGAUGCAACAGCUCCAGAAGAUGAAGAAGGUAUUGUGAGAGCCACAAAUCUCGUUCAUGGAUUAAUAGCAGAUGAAGUCAAGGGUGGUAUUCCUGCAAAUAGAGUUUUGUUGGGCGGGUUUUCUCAAGGAGGAGCUUUGGCCUUGCACGCAGCUCUUACAUAUCCUGAACCUCUGGCUGGAGUGAUGUCGCUAUCUUGCUGGUUACCAAGACAUGCUCAUUUUCCUGAAGUUGUAAAAGCCCCACGAGAUAUGCCAAUAUUCCAAGCGCAUGGAGAUUGUGAUCCAGUUGUGCCAUUUAAAUGGGGACAAAUGACAGCAUCGUUCUUGAAGACGUUCAUGAAAAACAUUGAAUUCAAUACAUACCAAGGUUUGACACACAGCUCCUCGGAAAAUGAACUAAAAGAUAUGAGAGCGUUUAUAGAGAGAACUUUACCAGCCGUUAAA